UUUUUUAAAGAUGUAAACAACUUUUAUUUUAUUUAAUAUCAAAAUUCUACCUAAAUAACCUUUCUUGUAGGCCUGCUUCCUGACUACAUGCCAGAGGUAAAAUAAGUAUUUUUUUUUCUCCAAUUUUGAGUUUGAUAUUGAUUUUUUACUAGGUGCCAUUUUCUUGUCUAGUUGUUGGUUUACCAUGAGCAGUACCAUAUCUCCCUCAACUAUUCUCUCUUUCCAGAAUAGUUGUAAUUAUUUUUGCUUAUUUAAUCCUAGCUUUCCAAUUUAUAAAUUGUUUAGAUUGCCGGCUCUUCCGUUCUUACUUUAUACUAUUUCAAUCUCCUAAUAUAAUCUCAAUCCUCCUUUACAUCUAUCCUUAAGUAGUUCUUUAGCUCAACCCACGAUUGCCACUCACCAAUAAUAUUUCCAAUAACCUACACUCCUAAGAUUCUCUAUAGACCUUAACUCCCAAACCCUAAAUCUAAUAAUAAUGAGCCUAAAAUUUUCCUUGCAUGAUAUCCACGGGGAUUAUUAGCUACAUCAUGAUAAUCUUAUUGUGGGAAUAUUUAGAAACCCUCUAACUCUAUUUGAUUCAUUCAUUCACUUGUUUCUAACAAUCCAAGUACACCACGGAGUCCUUAUACAUGCUGGAAAUCACUUUAAUUUGUUGCCCAUAGAGAAGAGAGCUGGGAGGGACCGACUGACUGUUCUGGCCCUAUCUAACCCAGCAGCACUUUAUCGCUCUCGAUAUAGCGUUCUGUCCCGCAUGCGGAGACGGAAUCAUUUGCUGAUAGAUCGGCCUUAUCUUGUGGUCUCCCCCUCUCCUACCAUUCGAGCGCUAGCGCAGAACUGCAGUCACCUGAAAGACGGGUCCGCAGACUUAGAGUUGUCGUGGAGUUGAUCUGGGGUCCAAUGAGAUUUACCUUGUCAUAUAAAUCGCCCCCUACCACAACAAACUUCCCGAGUAAUGUGCCUGAUUCUUCCCUCUCCUUUCCCCAUUUAGAACAAAAUUUACCUUACUUACAUGAACGGAAGGGAAUGGGGACGGCAUAACUCAGCAAGUUGCCAAACCUUUGCCAUUCCGGCACAUUUCACCCCAAAGAAGUUAUUUGGGCUCGUCCCAGAGCCGUUCUCGAGAGCGAGCGGAAUUGGUACUGGUGAGCAUUUUCCCUCUUUUGUGACAUAGGUCGCUCAUGCAGCCACUUGAGUUUUCCUAUAAAUUAUCUCUCAACCUGGACUGUCAAACUUUAACCCAUCACAACAACAACCUUCCCCUCUCUCACCCCGCCCAAACAAAACAAAACAAAACAAAAAAUCCUACCCCCCAGGAAAGAAUCCAGAACCAUGCCGCCGCCAACUCAGUUGUCCAUCAAGGCUUCCUCCGUUCUCCGCCUGAUCAAGGAGGAAGCUUCCUACCUUACGGAAACCAUCCAACAAAGGGCUGCCGUAGCAAAAUUAGAGCUGGCAGGUGCGGACGAGUAUGAGCUUCGCCAACCGGUUCGGCAUUUCCGAAUCUUUAUCACCUAACGUCAGAGAUUUCACGUACUUACCAAGUUGCGGUUUAUCGUGAUAGAGACAAGUCCUCGAACAGACCAUCGUGAUGGCACCGACGGUUCGUAAGCAAUUGCAAGCGGCGCUUGGUGCAUUGUCGGAAGCCUUGGUCGGUUUUCAUUGCUUGGGGGGGUGGAAUGAAAAUGGUGCUGACAAACUGCAGGAGGCAGCACCGGAAUCCGAGAGUGAGGAGAACAAAGCAAAAGCGAGGAUGGCUCUUAACAACGGGAGGAAGGUUCUCGAGGAGCAUGGGGUGCCGAAAUAAUUCCUAGAUAAGCUGGGAGCUUACGCGCGCUUUGGGUUCGCAGGAUGUCACGUGACUUGGAUUGCGGUGAUACAUACUCACGCUCAUCUCUUUUGUCCGCAACCCUGUGAUAUCUCUGACAGUCCCAAUGCAUUACGCUACGCGUGAUUCUUAAAGUAAAGCCAACGAACCUUCCCUCGUUUCUCCAAUUAUUAUUUAGUGUUCUGGCCUGAAGGUUGUGGUCACCAACAAAGCUCAUUUGAACGAUCGAGGCCCCGGGUGCGACUCCACAUUUUCCUCUCUUAUUCCUUUGCGGUGGGUGGGGGAAAUCCAGGGCCCUCAGAGUCUGGAGAACUUUAGCUUUAUGGCGCAUUCCGGGUAUGAUAUUGCCUUCAUUGAGGUUACAAAAGGACCAACCGCGCGCUGGUAUGCCCAUUCCAUACUACCCACAUACCGCUACGAUGCAAAAUAGGGAGAAAGGGCUGCUAGCGCACAGGUUGAACAGAUGCACUGCCUGUUGACAAAAUUAUCCGAACGCUGGGCAAGUGCGACAACAAUUGCUUUCAAAAAAUCCUGUACAGGACAGUCGUGUCUGGAAACUCUUCGUACCCCUAGCCAAUGCAAUCACGUGAAUAUUAAUGACCUGAUGUGUACAAAUAAAGAAGUAAAUAGAUUGUAUUUCAAUGGAUAGUAAAAUCUAAGCAGUAAAGAGCAUCUUUAGAAA